AUGUCAGGCAGCGAACAAGAGCGAGCAACAAAGUCAGGGGCGGAGGAGCAGUCGCUGAGGGUAGCCGUAGCCAUUUCUCUUCUCCGAUCAAAGCUUCUUCAAAAGCAGCAAAAGCAGCCUCCUCCUCCUCCUCUUGUUGAUCAAUCCGACGCUCUCCGAUGGAAGCGAAAGGCUAAGGAGCGAAAGCAAGAGCUUUUGAGACUCCGACAACAUCUCAACGAAGCUGAAGAUGCUUCGCAGUGCGACUUGUUCCCGCAAAGCGCUUCUUGCAAGUGUUAUUUCUUUGAUAAUUUGGGGAAACUAAGCCCUAAUAAGCGGCUUCCACAUCCUUCUCAGUGCAGAUUCAAUGAUGUCUUGCGACGCAGAUUUCUCAGACACGUACGUUUUAAGGAAAGGAGAAGAAGAAGUUGUUCAUCCCAGCGACGCCAUUUUGCAGACAUAAACAGUGAAGAUGAAAUGGAGCAGCUUAGGGCCUCAGUCGAUUUUCUUGUUGAGCUUUGUGAAACCAGUUCUCCUGUGGAGGAGACCAAUGUGGCAAAUUGGUCACACCAAGCUGCAGACUUUAUUUUAGCUUCAAUGAAGAACCUGUUAUCAGUGGCAAUGAAUGUGGAACUCAUAGAAGGAAUUAUCAGCAGCUUAAUCACGCGUUUGGUUAGAAGGAUGUGUUGCCCCUUGCAAGGAAAUGCAUCAAAACACUCUGAACCUGAUGCUCAGUUUUUCGUUCAGCACUUGAUCCGAAAGCUUGGAAGUGAGCCCUACAUUGGUCAACGUGCAUUAUUCUUAGUAUCUCAGAGAAUCUCUGUUCUUGCAGAGAAUUUCCUUUUCGCAGAUCCAUUUGAUGAUGCUUUUACAAACAUGCAUCAAUGCAUGUUCAUGCUGAUCCAGCUUACAGAGUUUUUGGUAUCCGAUUACCUAUCAGAAUGGUCAAAGGAUGAAGGUUUUGACACCAUGGUCUUCGAAGAGUGGGUAGCAUCAAUGGUUCACGCACGCAAGGCAUUACAAGUUUUGGAAAGCAGAAAUGGGGUCUAUGUGUUAUACAUGGAACGAGUCAUAGAUGCCGUGGACCUAUUUGUCACGCAUAAUUUACUGAUGGGUGAAGUGAAGCAGCAGCAGAAGAGCAGGCCAGGGCAAAGCAAGAAGGCAGACAUGUUGAAUGAGAUGAAACCACGCUGCAUGCUCAGUCUCUCGCUCCUUCUUCUUCUUCUAAUAUUCUGUCAAUCGCUUCCAAGUUCAGCCCAUGAAGAUGGAAGUGGAGGUGGUACAACAACUACUAGUACUAUUACUAGGGUGGUUGUUGGGGAGCAGCAAAUGCAGAAGCAGCAGCAGCAGCCACUACUGCCAGCUGCAAAUUACCAUGUCAGUACUUUGCUUCACACAACUCGGAAGCUUAAGCUUGGGGUUCACAUGAAAUUAACCCGUAGCGUUCCAAAGGUUCCUCGUGUCAAAAAAUCAUCCGCCAUUCCAACUCUGAUGACACCUUCUCUUCCUGUCGCUUGUUUUCUUUCUUCAUUAUCCCUCCUUUCUUUCUUUCUGUUAUAG